CCCCCCCCCACCAUCCACUCGCGGAUUCGAUCAGUUCCCAGAAUCCGUCACUCUCCACCCUCCUCCACUCCAUCCUCCCCUUGGUCUUCCCUCCGCCCCGUGUCUAGCCAGCCGUCCGUGACCUGAUGGCCCCAUUGCUGGACUCCGCGAGCAUCAGUAGCCCGGUGGCAGCGGCCGCAGCCGCCGCCGCCGCGGCCGCGGCCGCGGCCUCUUCCGUCUCCCUGGAGCAGAUCCACCUGGCGGCCACGGUAGCCGCUUCGGCGACCAAUGCCGGCGAUCAUGGGCCCCCCUCGGCCGGCUUCGCCGGGGGAAUGGCCGAUCGUGGUUCGCCGGCGGUGACCGCCGGCUCGCCGGCCGGCCCCGGCCCCUCUUCCAUCCUGCCGUCUGGCUCGCCCAAGAAUGUCGCCGGGCUGGGGGCCGGUGGAUCGGCCUCGCCAGCCGCCCCGUCCCCCAUCGGUCCGGGUGCCACCCCGGGUCCGGGCGACACCGUUGACCGCCUGGCCGCCCUGUCGGCAUCGUCGCCCUCCGCGGCCAAGACCGGCAAGCCGGGCUUCGGGGCGGCUGGCACCCCGGCCGAUGCCCUGGCCGAUGCCAACCCCCUGUCCUUGCUUCUGUAUGCGACCAAUGCCCUGCGCCAGUUGGCUCCCUCUCGGACUCUCUCCAGUCUGGAGAUCGGAGCCAUCCUCUCGGCUGCCGGUGUCACCUCCGACGUCGUGACUGCCGUCACCCAGGGGCUUGGCCGACUGGUGGGAUCCAACAGUGCUGAUGUCAACCCCCAAGCCUCGACCAUCCUCCCGGCUCUGGUGGGCCAGCUCCAGCACCAGGUUGGCACUCCGGGCUUCGGUGCGGCCGGGGCCUUCCACGGCACUGCCGGGCACCAGGCCGCCAAUCUUGGCUUCCCGGCGGGUGCCGGCACGGCCGGCACCGUCGGCCACCAAGGCAACAACUCCCUCAUCCUUCCCCUCAUCCAGGGGGGGUACCUGCUAUCCGGCGGGGCGGGGGCCCAGCGCCCCGGCGGCCUGCACUUUGCCGGGUCCGGGAGCAAUGCGGCGGCGGCGGCGGCUGCGGCGGCGGCUGCCGCCCAGCUCAAGCUCCAUGGCAUGGAUCCCGCGCAGACGGCCCAGCUGAGCGGCCUCAUGGGCGGCGGGGCCAUGGGCGCCACCGGUGCCGGGUCCUUCGGCGCCAAUGCCGGGAUGCCCUUCUUCAAUGCCCCUGGCGGCUUCGGCACCGGGGACCUCGGCGCCGCCGGCGAUGCCCCGAUGAUGGGGCUCGACUCGUCCGGACCCAAUGUCGGGCGCCUGGGGGGUACGGGGUACUUCGCGCAGUCCGGCGCCGGGGCCACCGGGUCCCAGGGCGUGGAGUCUCCCUUCCCGGCGAGCGUCAUUUCGGCCAUCGCAUCGGCCUACUCCUCGGGGACGGGCGCGGCGACCGGGGCCGGCGGCCUGCUCAAUGCUGGCGGUCACCAUAUGGGCGUCGGCGCUCGGCCGCACUCGCAGCAUCCGCAUGUGCAGCAGCACUCGCACCAUGCCGCGGCCCUGGGCUUUGUCCCGGGGGUCGGCCACCAUCACCCUCACCCGGUGCCCCAUGCCUCCGAUCACAUGGAUCCCGCGUUGGAUAGUGGUAUGUACCAUCAAUUGACGACUCCCAGCAAGACGAGCGGCAUGGGCGCGCGGGCGAUGCUAGCCGGACCCGGCGGCCCCCCUGCCGGGGUGGUGGGCAUGUCCCCGCUGGGCGCGGCCUCUGCGGCCGGCAGCAUGACCCCCUCCAAAACCGGCACUCCGAGCAAGCAAUCCUGCCCGACGUGUGGCAAGGUGUUUGCCCGGACGCAGGAUCUCAACCGCCACCGGCGGGUCCAUACCGGCGAACGGCCCUUCGUUUGCCGGUGGCCUCGCUGCGGCAAGCCCUUCAGCCAGAGUGGGCAUCUGAAGCGCCAUGCGCAGAUGCACUCCGGCCCGUCGCCGCACAUGUGCCCCCGGCGGGGCUGCCGGCGGCGCUUCCGCGAGGCGGCCCAGCUCGAGGAGCAUGCCCGGACGCAUACCGACCCCCUGCCGGGUGGCGGUGGGGCUGGUGGCCCGGACAAGUCCUCCAUGUCCAGCACGCCGGACAUUGACUCCUCGAGCGACGCGUCGCCGAGCCCGCCGCCGUCGGCCGCCCCGGGGCCCGGUGUCUCGGCACCCAUGCCGGCCACCGGCGGCCCGCUGCACUACCCGCACCCGCAAGUGCAGCACUUCCCGCACUCGCAGUCGCAGCCGGCGCAGCCGGCGCAUGUUCACGCGGGGGGCAGUGCGCUGCUCAACCCGGGCGUCGAGUUGCCACUCCCCCCGCCACUGGGGGGUGUCCUACCCAAUGCCGGUGGUGGCGGAUCGCAUCUGGCCAUCAACACGGCCUCCCUCGCGGCGCGCCUCGCUUCGGCGACCACCUCCUCGACCACCUCCCCCUCGACGCCGACUGGCAUCCUGCCAGCCGGGGCCGGGGCCGUGACCGAAGUCGGCGGUGGUCGACUGCCCACGGCGGCUUCAGGCCUUCCCCCUCAACAGCAGGUUGGCAGUGGAUCAGGUAUGGAUGCCACUUUCGCGGCCGCCCGGGCAUUGGCCCAGUUUACCUCGUCGACGGGGCCGCCGGGCGGCGGCGGCAGCAGCGCUAGCUCCCCGCACGCGACUGACCACCUCACCCCUGCUGCUGCCCUGCUCGGUUGCGACGACCCGCGCGUUGCCAUCCCCAGCCUCCUAAAUUAGAAGUCCAGCCGGGAUUCUUCUCUUGGUGCAUAUAUAUAUAAAUGUGUGUGUGUGUGUGUGUGUG